UUGGAGGAUGUGGUGCCUACUUACUAGUUUUAAUUAUUCUUUAUACUUGUUUAUUUUAAUGUUUAUUUGCUGUUGAAUAAUUGAAGUUCAUAGGAUAAAAGGUAAAAUUUUCUUACACAUGCUUUAAGAACACAUUGAAAGUCCUGGAAUAUGUUUGUGAAAAGAAAUAGUUUUAUCCAAUUUUCCUCUCUGAAUUGCCAUUUAGCAUGACAAAAUUUGGGAAAUCUGAUUUUAGAGUGCUGAAAUGUACUUAUUAGAUACAUUUAUAUUCUUCACACUUCUAUGUAGAAGUAUAGAGCAUGACAGAAUUUGAGACAUCUGUUUGUAAGUAUUCUGUACAAAAUUUAGUAAUUGUCAUUUUAUUGCUAAAAACACUUUUCUGCAAAGCAUCCUUGAUGAAAUACAAAAUAAGACAGGCAUUGACUGUUGCAUAAUUAUAUUUCUAAAGCACAAAGGGAGAAGGCUUUGUUUUGCUUUGCACUGUUCCCAUGGUAACAGUAUUGAUAUUUUACCUGAAAGAGCUUUGCAUGUCUGUGUAGAGAGGCUUUAGCCAUGCAUCAAGACCAGGCACUGAAUGUUAGAGAAUCUCUGUUUUUGUUAUUGCUGCCAUUGGGUUCAUUGUUUGAGAUGACUUUCAGUAAAUAUGUUGAAGGUCAUUUAAGAACAGCUGAGAACUGGGCAUUUGUUGCACGUUUCUGCUUCCUGUCAGAGGAGGGCCAGUUUGAGUACGUGAUAGAGUAUGAUGUGGAAUAUGCUGUUCAGAAUCUGCUGCUGUACUAUGAUUCAGACACCCAGUGGCCAGCAGUAUAUAAGACAAGCAAGACAUGUCUGGAGAAGGAGUCUGUCCUGAACGUGACAUUGUAUCAGGUAGUCAACCUUACUGCAGUGGGAGCAGUCAGCCUGUCAUCAGGCUGUGUGUUUCGGAAUGGCACCCAGAAUAAGAAGGGCUGGCUGAGAUGCCACAAUGUAAGGAGGUUCCGCUCUGCCCGGGAGCGUUGGUGGUUUCUUAGCGUCAGCAACUGCAAUGCCACCAAGGGGCUCAACAUGCGGUACAAAUUUCUGAUGACAAAUGGUCCACCUGGUGAUUACUGGCAUGAACACUUCUCAGCUGAUGAAUUCUAUAUCUUGCCGAACCUGAUGGCAUCCUGCAUUGCAUAUCUGCUGAUGAUUCUGGCCAUUGUGAUGUGCACAGUGGAGUUGAGGGCACGUCAUCUGUUCCACACUACAUACAAACUGUUUGUUGGUUCUGUGGUGCUCCAGGAGAUGGGGAACAUUCUCCAGAGUGUGGCGUACAUGAAGUAUGCACUCGAUGGGAUUGGGUUUUCCAGAACAAAGACACUGGGACGUGUAUGUGAGUCUGCCAGUGAGACCCUGUACCUGCUCCUAUUGCUUCUGUUGGCAAAGGGCUUCACGGUGACGCGAGGCAGACUGCGGCUUGCCUCUUCCAUCAAGCUCACCAUCUUCAUGUGUCUGUACAUUGUGACGUACACAGUGCUGUUUGUGUAUGAGAGACAGUUAUUUGAUCCUGGAGAGGUUCUGUACCUGUACGAGUCACCGCCUGGUUAUGGCCUUAUCUUCCUGCGUUUCAUCGCCUGGUGGAUGUUCAUGUACUCCACUCUAUUCACACUGAAACACUAUCCAGAGAAAGCAAGAUUCUACUACCCAUUCAAUGUAAUGGGCACCCUGUGGUUUAUGGCUGGCCCAGCAUUUAUCCUGGCAGCCAACAACAUGAUAGACAAGUGGGUGCGUGAGAGUGUUGUAUGUGGUGUGCUACACAGCAUAGCACUUCUCGGCCACGUCUUGUUUCUUUGCCUCACACUGCCAUCCAGAGCUAACAAAGUGUUCCCGUACCAUGUUCGGACGACUCAAAUAGGAGUCAUGCAGGUGCAGGAUCUUACUGACUCGGACACAACUUUCCCAUUCAGACAUCAUCAAUAUGCACCCUCAGCACCACCACGACCAGGCCCCAAUGUACACCCACUAGUGGGUGAUUGGGUUACAGAUGUUCCUUUUGAGCUGUUCACUGUCAGCCAGUCCAUUGCCAUGGACCAAGGUACCAGACCAACUGCACCAAAGCCACAUGACACACAUACAUUUCAGCAGUCUGAUACCAACCCACCACCUGAAAACUAUGAUGCGUUCCUUGCACCAAGUCAGGUCACCAGAACCUGAGUCAAUCAAUCAUAAACUAAGCAUGAGAGAAUUAACAAAGUAAGAGGACCUUCUGCUCCAUGUCCUGAGGAGAUGCUGCAGCAGAACACUCGUAAACUUGUGUGUCAGUGCAUGAAAGACAUUGGUUUUAUGAAUAACUUACAUUACUUCUCAAUUAACUUGGCACUUAUCAAUAACAAGACAUACUUUGUAUGCUAUCUGUAUACAGAAACAACUCGAGCGUAAAGAUGGCUGUCUUCUGUAAUGUUGAAGCAUGUAGACUGGUAGAUACUAAUCAGCUACACCGGGGAUUGGCCAACUUUUCCUUACUGUGUGCUGCAUUGGCUAUUCAUAUUUCUAUUGGGGCCGCAAAAAAAAUUAAUGUCAUGGACAUUAAGCAAAACUGCUUUUCUUUAAUCUGAAGAGUGUAGCUAGUAUUCACUUGAAAAUGGGUAUUCAAGCAUGAAACCGAGUUAAUAAACAUUUCUCAAUAAGCCCCUAAUAUACUAAUUUUUAGAAAAGAACAAACUUGACUUCAUAAAAGAAAGCCCAAAAUGUUAUGUAAGAUGUGUUUGAGAAAACAAUAUAUUUACAUUUUCCAUGUUUUAUUGGUUUUAAAAAAUUAAAUUAAAUUAAAUUAAUACUAGUCAAUUUUAAAAGUUUCUAAUGAUAGUGUGUCAUGUGAAGGGCAUUUCAGAAAAGUUCAACCAUAUAGGGAAUUAUUACAACAUUAGGACAAUCUUUGAAACAAGACAUACAAUUAGGAGUUUUCUUAUGAGAACCAGACUGGAAAGAAAUCUGCAGCAGAUCGCACAUUACGUCUGUAGCAUUCCCUGUGAAUGUGGCAGGUGCUACGGUGGUGAAACAGGCAUACCAUUAGUGGUGAAACUUCACAUAUAUAGGCACAAUCUCAGAGAGAGUCUUCAUAAUGUUUAUAUUAUCACCCAACAGAAUAAUAUCAUCAGCAUGGACCAAAAAGUGAUGUAUCCCAUUCAAUUGACUUUCUUGGACUUUCCUGAUGGCAUAUUCUAAGGCAAAAUUGAAAACAGCAGUGAUAGAGCAUCUCCAUUUCAGGCCAUUCUGAAUAUUAAAUGUAUCGGACCAAUGUUUACAUACACAAAUUUUGCUAGAGGUUUCACUUAACACAUUUUAAUUAGCUUGACUAGCUU